AUGACCAGCCCUGACGUUGCAACGGACAAAUUCUACGAAGAUCUGCACGUCCUCCUGGCGACUGUGUCGAAGGCGGAUAAUUCGAUUGCCCCGGUGACUUCAACGUCCUCGUCGACACAGACCAUGCUGCCUGGAGAGGGGUGCUCGGUCCUCAUACUCCCGACGGCUCCAAUGACAAUGGCCUGCUACUCCUACUAACCUGCGACCUGGAUGUGCCCUCGGAGGCGACACUGGCACCUGCUGGACUAUGUCCUCGUUCGGAGGGGAGACCAGCGGGACUUGCUGGUGACAAAGGCGAUCCCGGAUGCUGACGGGUGGACUGACCACCCUCGUCUUCUCCAAGAUGCGGAUUAGCCUACAGCCUCGCAGGAGACCUCAUGGUAGGGGCCACCCAGGCAGGCUGGGUAUUGCAUUGUUGUCUUUGCCUGCUCACCAUCUCCAUUCCAGCAAUCAACGACCCCGAAGGCUAACUAGCUUUCCAGUCGCCGCUGCCGCCGCCGCUGACGAGAAAAUCUCCGUGGGGAAUCGAUGGUGUUAGCUGAGCGACAAGACUCAGUCGACCGCCCUGGCUAUCCUCGGUUCCGCACGUCGCCAAGGUCAGGACUGGUUCGAAGACAAUGACGCCGCCAUCAGUAACUUACUCGCCGAGAAAAAUCGUCUGCACAAAGCCUACGUCAGCCGCCCUACCGAUGACAACAAAGCAGACUUCUGCGUGGUCGCCGCCUUGCGCAACAGUGGCUGCAGCAAAUGCAGGAGGCUUGGACGGCCUGCAAGGCCGAGAAGAUCCAAGGAUAGGCGGAUCGCAACGAAUGGAAGAGCCCCUUCUCUGCGAUCAAGGCUGUCUACGGUUCCACAGCCAAAGGCACUGCUUCUCCUCCCAGCCCCGACGAAACAACCCUUAUCACUGAGAUGACACAAAUUCUGCAACGAUGAGCGGAACAAUUCAGAGGCGUCCCUAACCGUCCCUCUACCAUCACGACACCGCCAUCGCCUGUCUUCCUCAAGUGCAGACCAAAGCCGACCUCGGCCUCCUGCGCCCUCUCCACGAAACCAUCUUGACCGUGCAGCAGCUCUCUAACAGGAAAGCGCCCCGAGCGGACGCGAUCUCUGCUGAGAUCUACAACCACGGUGGCUACUAACUCAUGGAGCAUCUGACGGCCCUCAUCCAGGAGAUGUGGCGUAAAGGAAAAGUUCAGAAGGAUUUCAAGGACGUCACAAUCGUUCAUCUCUAUAAGCGGAAAUGUAAUCGCCAAAUCUACGACAAUCAUAGAGGCAUUCUCCUGUUGGACAUAGCUGGAAGAUCUUUGCGCGCCUCCUUCUCAAUCGUCUCAACAACCAUCUGGAACGAGGUCUCCUGCCGGAAAGCCAGUGCGGCUUCCGUCGUCGUCGCGGAACCACCGACAUGAUCUGCGUCGUCCGUCAACUGCAGGUGAAGUGUCAGGAGGUGCAGAUUCCCCUUUACUUUACCUUCUUGUAUAUGCCGAAAGCCUUCGUCACGGUGGAUCGCGAAGGACUGUGGCAAAUUAUGCAGAAAGUCGUCCAUGAGCUCUUCGCCGACCACUGCGCACUCAGCGUGACUUAUGAAGAGGACAUGCAAGGGAGCAAGAAUCUAUUCCCCGCCGGCUGUGACAACUUCGGCUUACUCAUCGACACGGAGAAGACGGUGUUUACGCAUCAACUGCCACCUGACUCCGCCUACCUCGCACCCCAAAUCAACGUGGACGACGCCCAACUGCAAGCUGUGGACAACUUCACCUACCUGGGCAGCACCCUCUUUCGCAACACUAAAAUCGGCGAUGGAGUGCUGCGACGGUUUUCCGAGGCCAUCCAAGCCCUCUGCGUCUGCGAAACACAGUUUAAAAUCGAUACGGUCUCCACAUCGGCACCCUGUAUUACUAGAACAAGCUGA